GUUUGUUCAUAUUUGUUUAUUCUUUGCUUGGCAUUCGCGGGCCGUUUGAACCGACACGUGGAUCGAUCUUGACACAGCAUUGCUGUUUUUACUUAUUGACUGCACAGUGGUUGUGCAUUUGACGGCAUUUAGCCACAGAUACCUCACAUCUUGAGUACCGUAUUGCAGAAUAUCCUGUAUUUCGCACUUUACGCGUCACUCUACGUGUGGUUAAAUCUAUAAUUUGGAUUAUCGUUUCGGAUUUCUUUUGGGAGAAAUUCACAACAUGUAUGUAUUUUUUGGACUGCUGCUGGUGUAAUUCAGUGUCAAUUAUAAAGUGCUUUUCCUCAAGUCGUGUUCUGCUUCUUCGCUCUACCCUGCGUGCUUGAUCUGUAUAAUUGUUUGUGUUGUUCUAUUACAGCUGUAUGGCUGAAGAGAAAGUAAAAGUUGGUUGUCGUGUUAAAAUAGCAUCGAAAUCCGUUUUUGGGACCGUUGCUUAUGUCGGAAUAACACAAUUCUCACCAGGAAAAUGGGUGGGUAUAAUACUAGACGAGCCCAAAGGGAAGAACAACGGCACGGUUCAGGGGAAACGCUACUUUAGAUGUGAGGAAAAUUUUGGUAUAUUUGUGCGCCCAUCUCAGCUUACUCUUCUAGAUGGUCCGGAAAGAUCAGACGUGAUGAAGUUAUCCGAAUCAGGUGCCACUUCAGAAUCAAAGGAAGUUACAAAACUUUCUGGUUCGACAUCUUCGUUGUCUGUAGGAUUGAAAACUCCUGAGACAGUUAAAGUAUCAGUCGGUGUUGAAGGCGGUUCAACUCUCUUACAGUUUAAAAAUCUUGAACAACAAAAUGAACGAAUGAAAGGAGCACUGGUCAAGCUACGUGAUUUGGUUAAUCAAGAUAAAUCGGAAAUUUCAGCUUUAACUAAACAGAUUACAUCUUUAGAAUCAGAAGUUAGUCAACUUCAAACAGAAAAAGAACGAUUAACAAAAAAUUUAAAAGAUAGUGUUGAACAAAUUAUUGAAUUAAAAGAACAAGUGGAUGCUUACCUCGGCAUUGAUACAAUGGUCAGUCAGUUGACACAACGUAAUUUAGAACUGGAAGAAACGCUUGAGAAAAUUAAAGAAGAAAGAAAUGAUCUGCAAGUAAUAGAUGGAGAAAAGUCUGGUGUGUUUUGUAGACAGACAAACACUAGUAAUAUAAAUGAUUCUGUAUUCCUUAGUCCAUCGAAUAACAACAGUAUGAACAAUAUUCGCCGUGGUAUCGAUGAUGCUAACAAUAAAACAACUGGAACAAUGAAUAGAACUCCGAGUGGAGAUAUGGGUGGAUUGAAGCCGCCAUCAUUAAAUGCUGGAAUGGAUUCUGGCAAUAAUAUGCUUACAGACAAACCAGUAGGUAGUAGCAUUGGCAGACAUAAUUCAAUGCGAUCGUUGGCUGCAUCUAAUCGACCAACAAGUCUAUCAAGAACAGCAAGUGUUCGACGGGACAGGGAUUCUGGAUUAAUAUCCAAAGCACUCGGCUACAUGUUUGGCUGGUCAUAAAUUUGAAACCAAUUUUUGGGUAUUUACCAGUUUCGAUUAUUGGUAAUACCGGAUAUGUAGUUAUGGUUUUCUGAGAUUCAUCUUAUCCUAUGCCAUAUUGUAAAAUAAAAGUAUAACGUUAUGAUCACAAAACAUUACACAUUUUUUUGACCUAAUCCCCUCUUUUAACGCGAAACGUGAUACACGUAUGCACUUAUCUGUAUUAGUGGGGCAUAAGUGUGUGUAGACUUGCGGAUUGUUGAUUGUGAGGCUAACAAAACGUAUAAAUCAUAGUUUAAAAUUGACAACUGUGUAAACGCAGUCAUGUUCUGGACUCCAUGUGCUUAUCUUCGUUUUAGAUUAGAAGAGAGAGCCUUUUUCAAGUUGAGUUACACUUGCAGGAUGGGUGUUAAGCGGUAUAAUAUAGUGGGAGAUAUUUAAGUUAUGUGAGUAGGAGAGUU